AUGAGCUUUCGACCGAUACUGCCCCGGCCAAUUGCAGUACGGGACACGAACAAACUAUGUCUGCGAUGUUGGCGAAGACUCGCAAAGGCGCCGCUGCAGUCGCGGAGACCGAUUUCUUCCAAUCCGUCGCAUAAAGAGAACGCCAUAGCUGCCACGAGAGGCGGGGGUGCUUUCGGAGAUGGGUACUUCCGGGCGAAUCCGAUAUUAAGAGACACGUUUUGGAAGUCAAGACCGGAACUGCAGAGCUCAAUCUUGUCCAUAAGAUCAGCGAAUGCAGGAGGGCAGCAAGCGGCGAAGGCGGAUGGCGUAACUGGCACAGAGGAAGUGCUGCCACAUAGGCGGCGGAAGAGGGCAAAGGAGCAGGCAAUGGAGACUCCGGAGACGGCCUAUCCAAUUCCACAUGAUGCAUCCUCCAAGCUGGCACACAUAUCCUCGAGCCUCCCGCAACAGUCACUCAAACGCAUGAUGACUACCUACCUUUCGCUAUCGAAGCCCCGACUCUCCUUCCUCGUAGUCCUCACCGCGACGGCCGCAUACUCACUGUACCCCGUACCCGGGCUGCUUGCACCCGCAGCAACAGCCACCCCGUCCCUCUCGACCCUCACACUCUUCUUCCUCACAUCCGGCACUGCGCUGUGCUCGGCAUCCGCAAAUGCCUUCAACAUGAUCAUGGAACCCGCACACGAUGCCAAGAUGACCCGCACACGCAAUCGACCACUCGUCCGGAAGCUCAUCAGCCCACGAGGCGCCAUCAUCUUCGCCGUCGCGUGCGGGGUGCUCGGCACUGGCGCCCUCUACUACGGCGUCAACCCCACGACAGCGUUUCUUGGCGCUGCCAAUAUAUUCCUGUAUGCGGGCGUGUACACUCCCAUGAAGCGCAUGCAUGUACUGAAUACCUGGGUUGGCGCCAUUGUAGGAGGCAUCCCACCGCUCAUGGGUUGGACGGCUGCGGCAAGUCAAUACGCCCAUGACGGCACAUGGGAAGAACUGUUGUUCGGAGAGGGCUCUGCUGGCGGAUGGCUAUGCGCUGCCCUCCUAUAUGCAUGGCAGUUCCCUCACUUCAAUGCGCUGAGUUGGGCUAUCCGCGACGAGUACAAGAAUGCGGGCUAUCGCAUGUUAGCCUGGGUAAACCCCGCAAUGAACGGACGAGUCGCACUGCGAUAUUCUAUCAUGAUGUUUCCCGUUUGCAUCGGCUUAUCAUACUGUGGCGUAACUGACUGGAGUUACGUGGUUACGAGCAGUGUUAUCAACGGCUGGAUGACGCUCAAAGCUUGGCAAUUCUGGAGAGCCGAGGGACAGAAGGGAACGGCAAGAGGUUUAUUCUGGGCUAGCAUCUGGCACCUUCCCAUAGUCAUGGUCCUAGCUAUGGCUCAGAAGAAGGGGUUAGGAGAGCGUAUCUAUCGGAGUAUAUUCGGGUACGCAGACAUAGAUGAAGAAGACUUGUACUAUGAAGCUGGCGAGCUUGAAGAGGAGGAGCAGAAACAAUUAGCCGUCGUCGAAGGCAGGCGAGCCGCAUGA